AUGGCGAACUCUCUUUAUCGUCUUCCUGCGGGCUCGCGCGUUCUUGUUACUGGAGCCAAUGGCUUUGUUGGAAGUAACAUUAUCCAAUGCUUGCUUGAAUUAGGUUUCAAGGUUCGUGGGGUUGUUCGCUCGCCAAAACCAUGGCUUGAUGAGAUGUUCCGGGAGAAGUUUGGGGAGGACUCGUUUGAGUCGGUGAUUGUUGCUAACUUCAAGGAUGUGGACGUACUCGCGGGGGCUAUGGGGGGUGUUUCUGGGCUUGCUCAUGUGGCUUCAGAUGUUUCAUUCAACUCGGAUCCGGAAAAGGUUAUAACACCGGUGGUGAAGGCAACCCACAAUGUGUUGGAAGCUGCGGCUCGAUAUUCUGAGAUCCAGAGAGUGGUUUUGACUUCCUCUUCGGUGGCGGUUCUAUUCCCCGAGGCUGACAAGGAAGGCGUGAGCGUUGAUGAGGGUGAGUUCUUAGAGCAGUUAGACCUCAUGGGAUCGACAUGGCUUAUGAGAAGUUCAGAUACAUGGAACGAAGAAGCUGUCAGAGCGGCCUGGGAUCCGAACAGCUCACCACAGCUCAAGGGCCUCUUCUGCUACGCCGCUUCCAAGACAGAGGGUGAAAAGGCAGCGUGGAAAUGGGUGGAGGAUAACAAACCUGGCUUUGAAUUCAAUACCGUGCUUCCAGAAUUUUCGCUUGGAAGAAUCUUACACCCCGAGAUUCACGGCUCAACGAUGGGCUGGGUUCGCGGUCUUCUCAAAGGUGAUACAAGAGUGUUCCAGACAUAUGUUCCGCAAUACUUCGUAGAUGUUGUCGACAUUGCGCGUCUUCACACAGCAGCUCUUCUCGAUCCAAACACAGUUUCCCAGCGGAUCUUCGGAUUUGCCACGCCUCUCAAUCUAACUGAGAUGGUUGCUAUUGUUAGAAAACUUCGGCCCGAUAACACUCAAAUUCCUGACCCGCCUGCUGAUGGCCAUGAUCUCACUAAUGUUAUACCUGCUCGCAAAGCUGAAAAGCUGCUUCGGGAUUUCUAUGGGCAGCCGGGCUGGACUACUGUGGAAAACAGCAUUGCCGUAGGACUUGAGGGUUACUAG